GCGGGUGCCUUCCCUUCACAUGAUGGAUGGAUGGAUGGAUGUGUGGACACCUGUCUAUGUCAUCUAUCCGUGGUGGUGUCAUCCAUCGGUCGACUGAAGCUCUGUGUGUAUCUUGCAAUGAGAAAGCUGUGAUUCAACCAAGCCAAAAAAGCCACACAUCUAACCAAGCCAAAAAGAGCUUCACACACAUGCACCAUCCUGAAUGGAAUCGCGCAUGCAGUCAGGUAGUCAGACAGUCAGACAGACAGUCAUCCCAUGCAUUCUUCCAAAACAGUCAGUCAACCCAUAACCCCGCCCUCUCCCACAGCCGUCUGACUCACUCACUGCAGGUAUGCGAUCGCGAACCCCUCGAUGUGCUUCUGACACACCGGGCACCGACCUCCCGCCGCCGAAGGCUGCGUCGUGAUGUCAACAUAGCACGACUGACACAGGCACACGUGACCCUGAAGCGAAACACAUAAACAUGCACACACACAUUAACCGGGCAACCACAAUGUGGUCAUCUUUCUGUGUGCUUACACAGGGCUUGAGCAGUACAUUCUUCUCCUUGGCGAAGCACACGGAGCAGUUUAAGCCCUCCUCCCUCCCCUCUGUCUUGGCCUUCUCGAUGGCAUCCUUGAUACGCCUCUCCGCUGACUCCUUUCGCCUGGCCUCCAGCCGCUCUUCGGUCUGGCAGACGAGGCGCUGCACGCUGACCGCCUCGUUGGCGAUGGCCGACUGCUUGUUCUUCAGCGUCUGCAAGAAACUCGCCAGGCCACUCUUGGUUUGCGUCAUCGGCAGCUUAGCGGUCAAACUGCGCGCGGCGGGAAGGAAAAGAAGACGACAGAUUUGUCUGACAGGGAUCGGGAUACGCUGACUGCCUACCUUUCGACCGUAUUGCUGCGCCACGCGGUGAGCUUUCCCUCCGCCGCCUUUUUGCUGGUCUCUAGCGCCCCAAUCUGUGCUCGCAGAGCGGUGAUCUGCUGUUGGUAACGCUUCACCUCCGCCUGCUCAUUCGUUGACACACAGCGCAGAGAGCGGGCUGGGCUGAGCAGUGCCGGAGAGCGUCAGAUGUCUUAUGUACCUCGAGGCGCUGGUUCUCCUGUCUCUUCUUGUCGUACUCGUGCACAACCUCACGGGACGCUCGCGUGCCAGGAGAUGGAGAACCUGCAGACAGGCCGAGAAGCGACAAGCCUUUGCGUCACUGUGUGCGAGAGCGUCCCUCACCUCUGUGGCAGCAGCUGAAGCGGCCUCCUCCCGGAGUCGUCUUGCGAGGGGCUGGUCGAUAUACUGGCUGAGCUCCCGUUGCCGUACCUCCACGCAGGCAUUGGACUGCUCAAUGACGCACAAUGCACAGACAAAGGGACGCGCGCGUUUCCACCGUAUGGCACGUGUGUCGUCUCUGCUGACCUUGGGUUGCUUCGCACCCUUCUGUCCGCCUGCUGCGCCGUCCGCUUGGCGCUUCCUUUCAUACAACGAUCUUCUAUCCUCCUGCAGACACGCACAACACCACACCAGCAAGGAUGACCAACACAGAGAGGAGGAUCGUGCCGUAUCCACACGUCACGUCAUGGAGGCCUUUUCCCGCACCUUGCCGCCAUUCGGGCUGGCGACAGCAGCAGCAACAGCAGCAGCAGCAGCUGCAGCAGCGGGGGCAAGUGCCUGAAACAAGACAUAUGCAGCGGCAGAUUGUGCGACUCUGUGUCGAAGUGGCACACACUACAGUCAGAAGCAUGAUCUCACCUUGCCGCUGGGACUUGCGGCCCCUGCGACAGCGCCGAGCAUUGCCCUUGCGACAGCGCCGUUCAGCAUUGGCAGCUGCAGACACACAAACGGCGAACAAGCCGCAGAUCUUUAAUGUGUCGCAACUCCGGCGUGUGAUUAGCUCCUCUCUCCCGCACCUCACACGGCC